AUGUCUUCUGACGUGUCAGAAUAUACUAUUGGUGGGGUGAAGAUCUUGUUCCCUUGCAAGGCUUACCCUUCCCAACUUGCUAUGAUGAAUGCUAUUGUUAAGGGCUUAAAUAACAGGCAACACUGUUUGCUGGAGAGCCCUACAGGAAGCGGCAAAAGCUUGGCAUUACUUUGUUCUGCAUUAUCAUGGCAGCAGUCUCUGUAUGAGAAAUCACUGCCUAAAUCAUCGUGUGAAAAGGAAGGCAGAAAGCCUGAGACCUCACCGCCAUGCCGCUGUGCGUGUCAUUCCCAGUCUGAGAGCAACGAUGCUGCAACGAGUGUGAAUCAGGGUGCUUCUUGGUCUUGUAAUAAUUCUGAAAUGGGAAGUUCUGUAAAACCUGGAAGCCCACUAACAAACACAGAAUGUAAGGCAAAUGAAAUUUUAGCAUCGAAAUUGUCUGCCAAAAAAAGGUUAUCUGUGUGUGACAAUGGGAAUGAUGAUUUUCAAGUAGACAGGAAAAGGAUUCGUCCUUUAGAAACUGAGCAGCAGGUUAGAAAACGUCAUUGUUUUGCAAAAGGAGCACAGCUAGUUGAUGCUUUAGAAGUUUAUCAUCAGAGAAAAAAUGGAGAGCUGAUCGUUCACUGUGAAAAAAAUGUGAAAACCACUACUUUUUCUCCCAAAACAUCAUCUGGCCCUUGCACUGAGUGUUCCUGUUCUUCUGGAAAAGAAAGUGAGAAAGAUACUAGUAGCACAAAGAAGAAAGAAAAUGGAGAUCGGUUGUUCAUUCCCAAAAUAUUUUUUGGGACACGAACACACAAGCAAAUAUCGCAGAUAACCAGAGAGUUGAAGAGAACAGCGCAUUCCAGUGUCCCUAUGACAAUUCUUUCUAGCCGGGAUUAUACCUGCAUUCAUCCAGUGGUAUCUAGUAGUGGUAGUAACAGGAAUGAAAUGUGUGUAGAGUUGCUGGAAGGAAAGCAUGGCAAGUCCUGUUCUUACUAUCAUGGUGUUCAUAAACUGAGUGAACAUCAUGCCCAACAGUCUGUACAUAGAAUGUAUCAGGCUUGGGAUAUUGAGGAUCUAGUGAGCCUGGGAAAGAAGCUUCGCGCCUGUGCAUAUUUUGCAGCCAGAGAGCUCAUGGUGGGCGCAGAUAUUGUAUUUUGUCCUUAUAAUUAUCUCCUAGACCCACAGAUACGGGAAAGUAUGGAAAUUAACCUGAAAGGCCAAGUAGUCAUUUUAGAUGAAGCCCAUAAUAUUGAGGACUGUGCUCGGGAGUCAAUGAGCUACAGUGUUACAGAGAGUCAACUAAGAGCUGCUCGAGAAGAGCUAGAUUUCAUGGUCAAUAACAACAUCAGGCAGAAGGAUCAUGAACCCCUAAGAGCUGUGUGCUGCUCUUUGACAAACUGGUUACAGGAGAGCUCUGGUCAACUAGUAGAAAGAGGGUAUGAAACUUACUGCAAGGUUUGGAAUGGAAAAGAAGUGCUCCCCAUUUUGCACCAAAUGGGAAUAACUGGUAUUACUUUUCCCAUUUUACAGAAACAUCUUGUUACUGUCCUGGAAAAAGAAGAAAAAAUAUCAGUGCUUGGUAAAGAGGAACUUAUUGAGAUACCUGUUGUGAGCCCUGCCACUCAGAUUGUGCUGAAAGGGUUAUUCAUGGUUCUUUUGUAUCUUUUUAAGGAUAAUAGCAGGUAUGCAGAUGACUACAGAGUUGCUCUACAACAAUCUUACACCUGGGUGAACGAAAACCAGCUUGAUGUUUCAGAUACAAGUGCCUUCCUUACACGGCCCAAGCAUAGAAGGAAUUUUCGGCAGAAAACUGCAGUCCUCAUGCUUAAUUUUUGGUGCUUGAAUCCUGCUGUGGCUUUUUCAGACUUAAGUGAUGUUAGGACAAUUGUUCUGACAUCUGGUACACUCUCUCCAAUGGAUUCAUUUUCUUCAGAGCUUGGUGUGAAGUUUUCUAUUCAGCUGGAGGCCAAUCACAUAAUUCAGAACUCACAGGUUUGGGUUGGCACCAUUGGAGCAGGCCCUAACGGUCGGAAGUUGUGUGCCACGUUCCAGCAUACAGAGACGUUUGAGUUCCAAGAUGAGGUGGGAGCACUUCUGCUUUCAGUGUGUCGAACAGUCGGCCAAGGAAUUUUGUGCUUUUUGCCGUCCUAUAAGCUGUUGGAUAAAUUAAAAGAUCGCUGGAUGCACACUGGCUUAUGGAGAAACCUGGAGCUGGUUAAGACAGUCAUUGCAGAGCCUCAAGGAGGGGCAAAGAGUGACUUUGAUGAACUGCUGAAAAUAUACUAUGAUGCAAUAAAACAUAAAGGAGAAAAAGAUGGAGCACUCCUUAUAGCUGUAUGCAGAGGAAAAGUUAGUGAAGGCUUGGAUUUCUGUGAUGAGAAUGCCCGUGCAGUUAUAACCAUAGGUAUUCCGUUUCCAAAUGUGAAAGACCUUCAG